UUAACAUUACUUAUUUUUGGACAUAUAAAAAUCAAUAUCAAAUCCUGCAAUUCUCUUAUGUCAAGGUCAUUCAAAUGUAUGGUCUGCAUGGUUAAUGUUUCAACAGGGGUUUACUCUGGGGCACAGUAGUCAGACAUUGUGGGUUGUGGGUGUGUAAAUCAAAUAAAGAUAAGGUUUGACUGCGAAUAGCACCCAAAGUGUUCCUAAAUGUAUCGGACGAUGCUACUACGCAACUUUACUGAUCAUCCCACCUGGGCUCACCAUAUAAACUCUGGCAUUUGCUCUCACUUCUUUGCACUGCACACUGCCUCCAACUGUUUGCCACAACAGCACAGGAACAGCUGACCACCAUCCACCAUGCAGCCUGCCGAAGCCAGAUACAACAAAAACAGCCUCCUCUUGGCUCUGAGACGAUACAGCUUAGCCGUCAGUGACAUGGAGCAGACGAUUCUCCUGCCAAGUCUGCUGCGAGAUCUGCCCUCUGACGAGCUAUGGGAUUGUGAUGCCGCAGAGGAGACCUGCCGAGACCUGUACGACAACUACCUAAUGCUCAAGGCCAUACGAAACGCAGCGGAGAGCGGCUUGAUCCCCCUGGACGACCACAAGGCCAAGAAGAACUCAGCACUCAGCAAGACCCUGGAGCCGCUGUUGGACGCAGAUCCCGAAGCUCUCUUUCGCUUCCACCUGAAAGGACUGUUUUCUGUAUUGGGUGACCUCACCAAGAAGAGUCAGAGCCUCACAGAGAAAUACAUGGACAUAAUUGGAGUGGCAAACUAAAGGCAAAACAUAAAAUAUGUGAACAUUAAACUAUCUGCUGUUUUUAUAAGUGUGGCGUAAGUCGCCAGAACAUCUCAAAUGUCUGAACUGUUUACAUUCAGUGAGGUCAUGCUUCUAACUUCAUGAAUAUGCAAUAAAUGUGCAUUGCCAAAACUGA